ACGUGACUUCCCCCUCAUCUCAGUUAUCAGUUCCACUGGAACUCUUGCAGACUACAGUCACAGGAGACUACUGAAGAGGACAAUGGAGUACCUGCAAUCCUAUCACUGUUUACUCUGCUACCUUAUGCUGGCUCUUAGAGAUCCUGAACUCUGUGCUAAAGAGAUCACUGUGAGCCCAGCCAAACCCCUUGUCAAGGUGGGAGAUGCUGUGACCUUGAUCUGUGAGACAACCUGCUCCCAAGGCAAACCACACUGGAUGGAACUAGACGAGAGCGAUGUCACUCAGAAUACCACAAAAAACAGAAGUUAUCUCCAUAUUGCAGCUGUACACCCGAAUCACGAGGGAAAGUAUACCUGCACAGCAGAAAAAUGUAGGAAACAGAAGAAGGAAACAAUCCAGCUCAGAGUUUACUCUUUCCCGGUGCCUGUCCUGUCCACAGUGCCAGAGAACCCUGUCUCUGGUCAACCUUUUAAGGUGAAAUGCACACUGACAAACGUUUACCACGGAGAUUAUGACAACGUUGAGAUGCUUCUCUUGCACCUUGAGAGGCUUGUAACAGAACACUCCAAAAACUGUAAUGAUGACAGAUUUUGUAAUCAUACGUGGUCUUCUAAGAAUCAGAUGGGCACUAGCAAAACAGAUUACCAGUGUGAAACCAAUCUUACUAUUGGCCCUAACAGCUUUACUCAAAAGGCUCGUCUUACCAUCCAUUUCCUGGGUGAUGCUGGUGAUGACUAUAAUGAUACCAGAAGCACUGCCAUAUCUCCUGAACAGAUGGAAACACAAACGUCAGAACCUGUCAGUACAGAAGGCAAAGGUCAAGGUGAUGCUGGUGAUGACUAUAAUGAUCCCAGAAGCACUGCCAUAUCUCCUGAACAGAUGGAAACACAAACGUCAGAACCUGUCAGUACAGAAGGCAAAGGUCAAGGUGAUGCUGGUGAUGACUAUAAUGAUCCCAGAAGCACUGCCAUGUCUCCUGAACAGAUGGAAACACAAACGUCAGAACCUGUCAGUACAGAAGGCAAAGGUCAAGGUGAUGCUGGCGAUGACUAUAAUGAUACCAGAAGCACUGCCAUGUCUCCUGAACAGAUGGAAACACAAACGUCAGAACCUGUCAGUACAGAAGGCAAAGGUCAAGCAGUGGAGGCCUCCAGCUCCACGGCCAUGGUUGCACUGGGCUCCACAGUGGGAUUCCUAUCCAUUCUCUGCUUCCUGGUUCGCCUGAUCAAACGGAGUAAACGCAAGUCACCCUCCAGCCUUCCCGAGAACCAUCCUGAUGGCUGUUGACCACCAUGACAUCAGCUUCAUUUUAUGUUCUCAAGUUUUUGUUUUGUCUUAUGUGUUAAAUGCCAAUGUAGGACUCUAGCCUGCCUACAUGCAACUUCCUAUAACAACUCAAAAGUAAUGUAUACUGAAUCUGAUUUCCUCAUGUAAUGCCUGCUGUAUAACUAGUUAUUAAAAUUAAAGCAAACAUAUAUCCUACAAAUAAUAAUGUACUGGGAAAAUGCCAAAGAACAGUCAAACAGAAACAUUGUAACUAACAUAAUGCAUACUGUUUGAUUAAUAUCAUAUGUUCAUAAUAAACCUCUUGAGAAACAG